CAGGUGUAGUUCCUGCACUCCAUUUUCUGCCCAUGUUCACUCCGUGAGCAUGGCUGAUAAUUCGAAGUUAAUAUACGGCGGCGUGUUUUUAUUAUUUUUAGCUUACAGUUUGCAAGAUUUCUUCUUUAAUCAAGAUGAGAAUGUUACCAGCCAGAAAGAAAUUCCGAAGACCAGCUUCAAGACAGAUUUUGCGAAUCCAAAAUUGAAGUUCCUCUACUGCUACUCGUGAGGUUACCGACGGGCGUAUGAGCAGUACGCGGGGCUUCUUCAGGAGAAGUACCCCGCCCUGGCUCUGGAGGGGGCAGCCUUCCCACCCCCACCCCCUAGGAUGCAACUUGCUCACGCCCUUGGUCUCCUCAAGCUGGGGGUCAUCGCUCUGGUACUCCUCAGUGUGGACCCCUUCCACUCCCUUGGUCGCCCCACGCCAUCCUUUGUUGGAUGGAUGCUGACUAACAAGCUGUACUCUUGCUUGAUGGUAUUCUUUGUGUGUGGAGCCAUCGAAAGCAAAUUAAUAUCCACGGGCGCUUUCGAAAUCUACUUCAAUGAUGUAAGAGUGUGGUCCAAAAUUGAGACGGGCAGGAUCCCGUCUCCACCAGAAUUGUUCCAGAUCAUCGACAACCAGGUGUUCCUCAAGUCUCCCGUCCUGCCGUUGGCGGAUACGUAGCACCGCGUCAGCACUUAGCUAAAGGAGGUGCAAUGUUUGUGCAUGCACCAACCUCUCCACGUGGCUGCCCAGUGGGCUAUCCUCUGUCACAUGACACCUCCUGUGUCAAGCAGUCCCAAACUGCCAGCAGGAAGUCGAAGCUUCGCAGUCGAGACGCCUUGCCUGGUCAACACAUCGAGAGGUUGUUCCGUUGCGCAGAUGCGUUGUGAAAGUUUGGCACGCUAGGAGUCAGAUGCGUGGGUGGCUUAUUUAUCGUUGGAGAUUUUUCUGGUUUCUUUUUUUUUUUUUUAAUAAAUGUUGGAGACACUUUUCA